UCCGACCUCACCUCGAUCCAAAUAUGACACCAAGGACCAUGCCUCAGCUAGAUGCAAUUUGAUACGUUUCUUACUCAUCUCCCGUUUCUGUGCCCAGUUCUACUCCUUUCGAGUCAACAGCCAUGAAGCUUCCGUUACGACAAGCGAGACGAAUUUGCUUCUAUCAGACUGUAGUCAAGCGCGAUGUUAGAAAGAGCUGGCAAUUGCUACUUCACUACUAUGCAACUGUCACGUCACCUUCAAGCAACUCGAAAAUGUUUCCACCAACCGACGUAUAGCCACGAUCCUAUAGGUUGGUCACCCAGCAAUUUUCGACUUUGUAGAAGCGGGUCACAUGCAAGCGCGGCCAUUCAUCAAGGCACCAUUGUGAUGCCGAGCCCUACAACAGAGAGGAUGGCGUUGACGACACGCCGCCUCCAAAUGUUCACGCGAAGAUCCAACGCCCGGGUUCUUAAGCUACAGCGCUGCAUCAAGUCUCUGCUUGCUUUUUUUUCUCCAACGUGUACAUCUCCGCCUGAGCGUCGGCUGAAUUAUUUGAUGGAGAUUGAGGGCGAGACUCAAUAUUCUAGCAUCUUCGAAAGCGAUAUUGGAGAUGUGCGGUAUAUGGUUCAUGGCUUGCAGUUCGGUAGAUGUUUCUUUCGUUGCUGGGUUUGAGAAUCUCUUGGCUGAGCUUGUCUGCGAGGGCUUGCUCCUGGAGUUGACCUAGACCAGUGAAGUUAACGACUUAGAGAGCAAGUUUUCUGGCGCCUUGAUGAUAUGUAGCUGUUAAUGCAUGCGUUGCGAUGCCUUAAUACGUUAGUCAUUCUCCA